UUUGAUCCAGUCCAAUUAGAAAAUCACAUGCCCAACAUACUUCCGGUUGUAGGUAUACCGUUUCUAUUCGGUGAUUCCGGUCGUAAGCUAUAUUGCUUUCUCCGUUUCCAGCUCCUCUUCUUCCUCUUAGUAGAACGCAGCUUCCUCUUCGUCUAAUAUCCCGACCGAGGUUAGCCGACUAUCACUAACUGUCUUCUUAUUUUAUCGCAUCCUGUUUUGUUUCUUCGCACAUAUCUUUUUUAUAUCUUAUCAGCAGUGAAUGGAACAAGCUUAGACAGUGUUAUUGAGACAUGGCGAAGAAGAAGGAAAAGUCGGUCAACGUAUCUGGGAAGGCCAAGCAUUCCCUCGAUGUCAAUAGAGAUGCCAGCGGAACUAAGGGCGGCCGCAGCGCAGCCACUGUGCGGCGGAUUAAGAUGUACAAGACUAGGCCUAAGCGUGACAAGAAGGGGAAAGUGUUAAAACACGACUUGCAAUCCAAGGAACUUCCCUCCACUCGGAUUGAACCAGAUCGCAGAUGGUUCGGCAAUACACGAGUAGUAAAUCAGAAACAGUUAGAGUUUUUCCGUGAAGAAUUGCAAAGUAAGAUGUCUAGCAGCUACAACGUAAUUUUGCAGGACAAGAAAUUGCCUUUGUCUCUUUUAAAUGAUCAUCAAAAGCAAUCAAGGGUGCAUUUGCUUGAGACUGAGCCUUUUGCUGAUGCAUUUGGUCCUAAAGGGAAGAGGAAACGGCCAAAGCUCAUGGCAGCAGAUUACGAAUCACUGUUAAAGAAGGCAGAUGUUCUUCAAGAUUCAUUUGAAGAGAAGCACGGUGCAGGCAACCACAUGGAAGAAAAUGAAGACGGGAUUAGAGACGCUGUACGACAUACAAUGUUUGAAAAGGGUCAAAGCAAACGCAUAUGGGGCGAGCUAUACAAAGUCAUAGACUCUUCUGAUAUUGUUGUUCAGGUAAUAGAUGCUAGAGACCCACAAGGUACAAGAUGUUACCAUUUGGAGAAGCAUUUAAAAGAAAACUGCAAGCACAAACAUAUGAUCCUUCUCCUGAACAAGUGUGAUUUAGUUCCGGCUUGGGCAACUAGUGGAUGGCUAAGGGUUCUGUCCAAAGAAUAUCCAACAAUAGCAUUCCAUGCAAGCGUCACAAAGUCCUUUGGCAAGGGACCCCUGCUGUCAGUAUUGAGACAGUUUGCUCGGUUGAAGAGUGACAAACAGGCAGUAUCCGUGGGUUUUGUUGGAUAUCCUAAUGUUGGAAAAUCAUCUGUUAUCAACACACUUCGGUCAAAGAAUGUUUGCAAGGUGGCUCCCAUUCCGGGAGAGACUAAAGUAUGGCAAUAUAUUACACUUACAAAAAGGAUCUUCUUGAUUGAUUGCCCCGGUGUUGUUUAUGGAAGUAAAGAUUCUGAAACAGAUAUUGUCUUGAAGGGGGUGGUUCGUGUGACUAACCUGCAAGAUGCUUCUGAGCACAUUGGUGAGGUGCUAACCCGUGUGAAAAAGGAACAUAUCGAAAGAGCAUAUAAGAUAAAGGAAUGGGAAGAUGAACAUGACUUUCUUCUUCAGCUAUGUCAGGCAACAGGCAAACUCUUAAAGGGUGGGGAACCUGAUGUUAUGACAGCUGCAAAGAUGGUACUCCAUGAUUGGCAGAGAGGAAAGAUACCGUUCUUUGUACCGCCCCCUAAAACAGAUAAAGGGGCAGAUGUGGAACAAAAAGAUGUCAGCGGGGAGGAAAAAGAAGACGAAUCAGUAGCAGCAAGAAAGAUUAUUGCAGAUGCGUUGUUAUCAUCACAAAAGCUAACUGACAUUCCUGUUCAGAAGGAUCUGUACAGUGAGAGUGAGUUGCUGGGUGAGAGUAGUAACCAGAAGAGACUUCCUGAUAAUGAAUGAGUCCUGUCCUGCCACCCUUUGAAUUAGUUCUAGCUCAGCAUGAGUUUUUAUUUUUGGAUUUCCUAUAUUUUUCAUUUCUGCAAUUCCCAUUUUGUUUGUGGCUUUUGAUGAGUACUUCCCCCCCACACCCUAUCAACGAGAAGAUAUUUCAAGUACUUUAUUGAUUAGGGGAAACCCAGAUUUGAACUGGGAAGGGAAGGAUUUCCAUUUUCCGUUUUACCACUAGGCCGUGUCACCAAAAUAAUGCAAAAAAUAUCGAAAUGACUUUGUUCGUUGUACUUGUUUCUUUCUUUUCUCCUUAAUAUUGAGUUUAUUCCAUAUUUGUAUAGGAUAUGAG